AUGGACGCCGAGAUGGAGAUGAAGAAGGCGUUUUAUAACAAAGAACACUCAAAACCGGCUGAAAAUGGCCUGGGAAAAGCCAUAGAGUACCCCAUUGAAGAGUGCUGGAAGCACGAACCAUUCCAAGUCGUCACUCAGUGUUUGCCCUGUAAAGAGUUCGAAAUUAAGGCGAUUAAAGCGGCUCACUGCCUCAAAACGGGAUAUUUCGAUCGUGUGAACUGCUCGAAAUCGUCAACUACCGUACUCCGCCCGUGCCCAUCGCCACGAGAGUCUCGACGACACGAAUUCUAUUUUUUCUAUUUUUUGAACUCGCUAAUUUUGAUUUUGAGCUAUUUAUCGACGAUUCAGCGCAAGAAUCAGCUGGAUCGUGCCGUUUAUCAGCGCCUUCCACAGCAUUUUUAG